AUGUCUCAAUCCCACCCCGAAGCCCCAUCACAAACCCUCCUCUUCUCUCUCGCGGAAUCCUACCCCCACAGCCCAUCCCAGCUACACACCGUCAUCAUCCCGCAACUAACCCACCGCCUCCGCCUCUCAACACUCUGGUCCAUCGCCCCAGGCACCAGAGUUCUCGACAUCGGCUGCGGACAGGGCGACUCCGCCCUCGUCCUCUCCCACGCCGUCGCCCCCCCAUCCACAACCGGAGACGGCAACAACACCACCCAUACCGGCCCCGCCCCAGUUCCGGGACACGUCACGGCCCUAGACCCGGCACCCGGCGCCUACGGCAGCCCAUUCACCCUCGCCCAAGCGCAAUCCCACAUUUCCUCCUCACCGCACGGUGCGCACAUCACCUUUCACCAGUCCGACGCGCCGUCUUACCUCGCCUCCCACUCCGCCGAGACCUUUGACUCCGCGACCCUGUGUCACUCGCUAUGGUACUUUUCCUCCGGCGCGGCAAUCUCCUCCCUGUUUGAUGCCCUCUACACCUCCUCCUCCGAGCAGCAUCAGCACCAGAUCAAGAGGCUCUGUUUCGCAGAGUACGCCUUCAAAGCCAGAACACCAGCCCAGAAGCCGCACGAGAUGGCCGUCGCGGCGCAAAAGAGGUUCUACGCGCUGCAAGCGGAUAAGGGCUUCACCCUGGACCAGGGCAAUAUCCGCGGCGCUCUCGAUCCGGAGGAGAUCCUGGCUUUGGCCGAGAAGGCCGGGUGGAGGUUGAAGGAUCGGGGCGUCGUUGAUACCCCCGGAUUGCUCGACGGGCAGUGGGAAGUCGCAGCCGUGCUUGAUCCCUCCUGGGCCGAGGGGAUCAUCAAGGAGGGGUUGGGAAAAGAGGCAGAGGAGGAGUUACUGGGGUACGUGAGCGACAUACAGGCUGCGGUGAGUGAGCUGAAGAAGACUGGCGAUAAAGCUACGACGAUGGAUGCCGUUUGGGUGGUUAUGGAGCGUUAA